AUGGCAACAUCAUCUUUUCAACCAGGUGAUCAAAUUAUACUACUCGUGGAAAAGGCAGAAAAAUUGGAGAGUUCUGAUAUUAAUGGAAAAUCAUAUUGUAUGGUGAUUGAAGAUGAUGCUUCAGAUAAUUGUGGAAUUAUGAGAAAGACUAAAACAUGUAUGGCUACUUUGGAUCCUGUUUGGAAUUCAACUUUUAGAUUUUCUAUUUGUUCGGAAGAUGUUGCUACUUUUAAAUUAUUGUUUGAAGUGUUUGAUUGGGAUAGAUUUACAAAGGAUGACUUUUUAGGAAGAGUUAGAUUUGAAAUUGUUCCAGAUGAAAUAACAGCCAAUGUAUCAUAUAAACAAACAUUGAAAUUGCAAGGAGUUAAAUCAGGAGUACUUCACAUUGAAUACAAGUGGGAUACUACUCAUAGAAUUAGUGGAACUGCAAGAUCUAGAACUCUGUUAUCAUCUGCGCAUGAUACAAGUGUUUCAUUCUGUAAUUUAGAUUUGAAAAUACCAUUCUUUGAACCAAGUAUUCCUACAUCCUUUGUUCUUCAUUCAGAUAGUAUUGAAGUUGCAAGAAAUAGAGAUAUGCUCUUGUCAUUUAUUGAUCCACUCACUAAGAAUUCACUCUCCAUUACCUAUUUGAAGACAGAUGCAGAACAUGUAAAUACAGCAUUUGAUGAACUCAAUCAUGAUUUUUUGAAAACUAUUCAAAAUGGAUCAGGAACCAAGUAUGCUCUCUUGUCAUUUAAUGAAGAUGUGAGAGGAGAACAAACUAGUCACAGAUAUGUCAAGGCCAUUCAAACCUGUUGCCGUGCAUUUGUUCAUGGAGAACAAGUAUUUGUAACAUUCAUUGUUUGUAAUUAUAGAAAUGCUGUCUUGAUGAAGUAUGCCCUCUUCUCCAACGAAGAUAAUAUCGAUAACAGAAAGAUUCUCUAUCAAGUAGCAAUUAAGAGUAAGAUUUCCCUCAAUUAA